AUGCCUCCCAGCCCGACCACAGCGGUCCACUACUUGGCCACGAAGUGUGUGGACACGACUAAGCACCGACAGGAAUCCAAAUGGUUCAUGCCCUGGGGUCCCAACCAAUGCGACAAGAUCCGGAACUUCGAAGAGGCCAUGGCCAAGAAGAUUGAGGCCAACAACAUUGUGUUUGCUGUUCACAUUCCACUGCCCAACAAAGAGAUGAGCCCCUGGUUCCAGUUCAUGCUGGUCAUCCUGCAGUUUGACAUCGCAUUCAAGAUGUAUAACCAGAUAGAGGAUGGAUCGCUGGCCACCAUCGACGUGGGGCUGGCCUACAGAGACGACACGGUCAGCGAGUGGACGGAGAUGGCUCACUCCUUCGAACAGAGGAAGCUCAGCUGCAACUUCACUACAGCCAAGACCUUUGAGAACGAGGGCCGUUACUAUGAGUGUGACCUGCUGCCUUUCAUGGAAGUGGGCAGUGUGGCCCAUAAGUACUACCUGCUCAACAUCCGCCUGCCUGUCAAUGAGCGCAAGAAGGUCAACGUGGGGAUCGGAGAGAUCAAGGACAUUCGUCUCGUGAGCAUCCACCAGAACGGAGGCUUCACCAAAGUGUGGUUUGCGAUGAAGACCUUCCUCACUCCCAGCAUCCUCAUCAUCAUGAUCUGGUACUGGAGGAGGAUCCUGAUGAUGAGCAGAUCUCCUGUGCUGCUGGAGAAGGUGAUCCUUGCUCUCGGUAUCUCCAUGACGUUCAUCAACAUCCCAGUGGAGUGGUUCUCUGUUGGCUUCAACUGGACCUGGAUGCUGCUUUUCGGAGACAUCAGGCAAGGCAUCUUCUACUCCAUGCUGCUCUCCUUCUGGAUCAUCUUCUGCGGGGAGCACCUCAUGGACCAGACAGAGAGGAACAGGUUCUCUGUGUACUGGAAGCAGGUCGGACCCAUCGUGUUCGGCUCCUUCUGCCUCUUUAUCUUUGACAUGUGUGAGAGAGGGGUCCAGCUGACAAAUCCCUUCUACAGCAUCUGGGCAUCUGAUGUAGGGACUGAGCUGGCUAUGGCGUUCAUAAUUGUGGCCGGGAUCUGUGCCUGUCUCUACUUCCUCUUCCUCUGCUUCAUGGUGUUCCAAGUCUUCCGCAACAUCAGCGGUAAGAGGACGUCCCUUCCUGCCAUGUCCAAGGCCCGACGGCUGCACUAUGAGGGUCUGAUUUUCAGGUUUAAGUUCCUCAUGCUGGUCACACUGGCCUGCGCUGCCAUGACUGUUAUCUUCUUCAUCAUCAGUCAGGUGAACGAGGGCCACUGGCACUGGGGGGAGCACACGGUGCAGGUGAACAGCGCCUUCUUCACCGGCAUCUACGGCAUGUGGAACCUCUACGUGUUCGCCAUCAUGUUCCUCUACGCACCGUCCCACAAACGCUACGGAGACGAGCAGUCCAGUGGGCAGUGCAUCACCGGAGAUAAUGGAGGAAACAGUGGAGAGGACAUCCAGCUGACCACUACCAUCACCCAUGUGGACGGCCCCACUGAGAUCUACAAGAUGACCGGCAAAGAGGCCCAGGAGUAGAUGUCCCACUGUUAAUAAACCCCCCUCUACUACCUACUGCUCCAAGAACCCCUCCCUCCUAUAUGUAAUCCAACAGGCUUUUAUUUUGACACUGCCCGGCAAUAAAUGGCAUCAUAGAUCCAGCUCCCAUUUAACCAGUCCCAUGGCUGAAUAUUAUCAACACUCCUGGCCUUUUUCAUUUCACGGUGGUACCCUUUUCUUACAUUUCAUACUUUAUGUAAACUUUGUUAUAUUUUCUAAAUGUUGCACAUUGUUUUUUUUACACCCAAAAAUGAGAUUAGCAUGUAAAGAAAAUAAUUUCUUGUUGGUCAGAAGUUGCAUCUGGCAGCUGUCACACUCCUGAUUUUUUUUUUAGAAGUACAGUGUGGUAAAACUAAAUCCUUUUGACAAUGGACCUCGUUAAUAGGUAACGUUUUUCAGAUACAUUUAAUUUAAUUUAUCGCUUAAUUUCCCUUUUUGUAUUCUCAUUCAAGGCCUCAGAGCCUGUCACACAUAUCUUUCCAUAGAAAGUAGAUCAUGUUAAGUCCUGCGUCAGUCAUUCGAGUGGCGGAGAUCUUUUUUUAUAUCAUAAAUGUACAGACCACAUAGCCACUUUGGGAAAUGCAUACUGUAUGUUCAUUAUGUUACAAUGUAGAUAUCUAUUUUUUAUAAAGUGCUUAUUUUCAACUUCACAAAAUACAUGCAUCAAGCUCUAUCAAUGUUUUUGAAGUUGGCUGUAACCUAUUAUACAUGGUUCUUAGUUUUUUUUUGCUUUUUAUUCUAAUUUAAAUAAAAACACUUUGACUUAAUA